AUCUUUUUAUUCGGCGUCAACAAACAUGUGUUGCACUCUGGCGGUGAAAUGCAUGAAAUACGUGUUAUCAUGCUGAAAGGGGGAUAUUUCCAUACUUACGCACGCUUACACACGCGCACACUCGACUUGUCGAGAUGCGAAUGAAUGCGAUUCUCUACAAAAAGUCCCCCUUUCAGCAAGGCGAUGGUGGCGCGGCCACGAGAUGUUAACGCCGAAUCGACAAAGUUCGUCAUUAUUACAAGUUUCAUCUAAAAAGAAAGAAAUUAAUUAAGAAACUCUUGCUUGUGUGAAUCGAAGAUCAUACUUCUCACGUAGCUUGUGAUGUGUUAGUUGAAAAUUCAUUCGAAUAAUCCGCCUGUGAAAUCAUGUAAACACGAACUCGUCAGAAGAAAAGGUGAAAUUUCCAACAUCUCCAUCUGAAAAAACAAAAGGUUACUUCGUUGGGAUUAGACAUUUAUAUCAGCAAAGCUCUUUGGAAAGUUAUUUUUGAAACGAAUCCGUGUAAUUGAUACAACUUGUACCUAUGCAGUUAUUGUUUUCCAGUUAUCAUCGGAGGUCGAAAUUAUCUCCUACACCCUAUGCUGAUAAUAAAUAUGUCCGAAUGCGAAGCAACUUGUAGGAGAUGUGAAUUGCAGAAUGAUAAAGCUACUGAAAAACUGAUAAUAUGUCGAGAUUUUCUGAGAAAUUUGUGUAAACGCGGAGAACAAUGUAAAUAUUUUCACCCACAACGAGACGAAGGUAAAGAAGUAUAUGUAUUCUGCCACGAUUUUCAAAACGGUGGCUGUGCCAGGUUAGGGUGCAGAUUUAUUCACUGCUCGGCUGAAGACGAAGAUUAUUACAACAAAACUGGAGAACUAUUACCUCACGUUUAUGACGCCUAUCGUAAAAUAAUUGAAAGCUUAGACGAAAGUGGACCUGUUUGUAAAGAUUAUUUUAAAGGUAAAUGUAAACGAGAAUCGUGUAAAUUUCGGCAUUUACCCGAAGAAAGGCUUUGUGAAAAUGAGAAACCUAAACCAGUCGCUGUAAAAUCAAACAAUCGUAAACCGGACGAUCGCUGCUGUCAGAUAUCAUUCGAGCCAAAACACUAUCGUAACGAAUACGAAGACUAUGGAUGCGAAUGUAAACGUCGUCGUAUGUACAAUCACAGUCCGGAUUUAAGUUUACGAAAUUGCGAAAAUACAGACAAUCGUAAAUUAUGGGUACUUGAAAGUGAAAACGAAAUGCUUCGGCAAAGAUUAUCCGAAUUAACGAAGAAAAACAGCGACUUACAAGCCACCAAUGAAUUCCUUCUCGAACAAAAUGCUCGCUUAAGAAUGGGAGAAAAAAAUACGCCUAGUUUAACCGCCGUUACGGUACCAGCUGUAACUAUCACGAAUACCGGCACCUUGCCUCAGGGCCAAGUCAACAUGCAACAACCUCAAGUGUUGAGGACAGUGGCAGCUAGUGUGGCCACCGUGCCAGUGAGCUUGGCGGCAGUUGCAGCUACGCCGGUAUCAUUGGCAGCAGUAUCUGUGGCUCCGAUGCAAAUACCUCCGGUAUGUACGGUAGCUCAUACGGCGAAUGGGACUACUAUACAGCAAGAAACUCCUCAAUUGGUUUCGUACCCGAUACUCAAUAGACCGACGAUUAUACAAAGUGCAUUACAACAUCAUUAAGUACAGUUCAAGAAACAAGGAGUAAAUUUUAGCUUCGAAAUGUUAGAUGUACAGCAUAAGUGGUUAGAACGAAAUGAAUGCGCCUAUUUCUUCGGCUUCCUUAUAUGUAUUUUCACGGUUAUAUUGCUUGAUAUAAUACCGUUCGCGAACGGUGUUUGUGUACAUUAAAGUCGACUAAUUUUGACUUAUACGAAGCAUUUAUUUUUUAAACACAGGCAUAAGGGUAAAAAUAAAGUAACAAGAUUGUACGUCCAACUCAAUUUUCAAUCAGUCCGGUUUGUCAUCAUUUAUUGACCCAAAAUUUUAUCUAAAUAAGCGUCAAUUUCAGCUGAUUUAAAUUGUUUUAAGUUGCAUCGUAUAUCGAAUCAUGAUCCUGCUAGUUCCUCAUAUUUUGUUCGUUCAUUCAACGAAUUUUUACAAGUUAUCUAUUUUUUGGCUCUUAUUCAAAUUACGUCGUUAUUGUUUACUUUUUUUUUUAAUAGUUGUUAAUGUACUUAGUAUAGAACUUUUUUUUACGUUGUAAAUAGAAAAAAAUAACGAACGCUCAAGUUUUUUACAGCUUGUCUGAAUUGAAAGUAGAAUAUUUUCAAUGGAAUGCUUUCUGCAAUUGAAAUGAAACUUUGUUUUCAUAAUAAGAUCUCAAAAUCGGAUAGAAUUAUGUAUGUAGUAGAUGCUAAGAUACUUUUUCUAACUGUAAAUAAAUGUAAGUAUUUCUUUUUCAGUAAAGAAUUAUGGUAUUUGACAAA